UGAAUUUGAUAACAAAUGCGAGCUACCUUUGUGGGAAAUCUGUGAAGAAGACACUGCCGAAAAAUGCCUCAGUUGGCUUCCUCUGGUGCUAGUGUAGGACACUCCUUUAAGAAAGUACUCCAUAAAUGGCUAGCGGAGCGGGAGUUCAGCAAAGUUUGCUGGACGCGGCAUUCGAUAGAAUUGGCAAAAAGUAUCCGUCUUUUAAGCGCGAAACCGGAAGGAAAAUGAUCGAUGGCUUGUCGGGGGCGUAUAAAUCUUUCAAAAAUCGACGGCAGAAGAAAGAAAAUGACGACGGUUCACCUACUUCAGAGGAGGAAAUGAAACUUCUUGAAAAAGAAUGUGUAGAAAAUCCAGAUAAACCCAAAACUUCAAGUGAAACAGAAUCAAGUGAUGAACCAUCAAAGGAAUUAGUUCCGUGGAAAAAGCCCGAAGAAAGUGAUGAUUGUGAUUAUCUUACCGCUGAAGAGGAUGAUGAGGAUAUUAAAAAAGACACCGGGAAAGUUAGUACUGCGAAACCCCCUGAAGAUCCAAAUGACCCGGAAAAGGGCAUUCCACCAGAUUCUGUCGUGGAUUGUGGUCCGGCAGGUGUUGGACCCGUUGGACCUCACCAUAAAGGAAAAGGAGUGGACAUAUCCCAGUAUUUGCAGAAGAAAAGUAUGGCCCAAGGUAUGCUUGACCUGGCUCUCCUAUCUGCAAAUACAAAUCAACUGCGAUAUAUCUUAGAAACGCGCGGUGAUAAUGUUUAUUUUAUCGUAAGCAUCACCCUCAUUAUAAGCAGUCUGGUCCUUCAGGUGGCUGUUGGUAUAAUGCUUAUAUGGAGCCAUAGAUUCAAUAUGCGAAAGCGUAGUGGAAUGGCUAGUGCAGAUCGCAUAAACAAUCUCUCUGUUCUUGGUGUCUUCCUUAUUACCCUUAUUAACGUCUUUAUCAGCACUUUUGGUGGAAGUAGUGCCUCUGGGGCAGCUCCUGCUCCGAGUGUUCCUGGGGCUCCCAGUGCACCUGGUAUGCCUCCUGAUCACACUGAAGCUCCCAAGUUACCCCCAAUGGAAGCUCCCAUUGACCCUGGGACAGUACUGGCGUAAAAUACGAAUGUUAUGUACAAUACCUAAAAGAAACAUUCUCCCAGUAGCAUUGAAAUGAGAGAAUGUACAACACACUGUUUAAAAUAAAAUUAAGUCUCAAUGUUUAAAUUUCUUCAAAAGGAAUCAUAAACUAGGCGAAAAAGUAUUGCACAAAAGCAAAGAAAAAAAUUAAAUGCAAUAGAUAUAAAUCUUUCCAAAACUUUAUUACCCAUUUCUAAAACAUUUAACAAAUUUUCAAUUUACCCAGCAUUAGUGACAUCCGUCUAUUUUACUCCGUAGCAUAAGACCUUCUCGCUUGUCCAGGUGCUCUACUCAUUAUUCUGACAAAUUUAUUAUGCGCAGUGUUACCGAAAUCAUCUUCACUGAGGAAAUUUUGCAAUAUUUCAAUGCUAUACUUUGCUAUAA